ACUAAUACCCAUUACAGCCGGCCCAAUUACAAGAUUAUCUUCUCCCCUCCGCUUCUCCAACCUCCGCCAUUUUCUCAAUGGCGCUUCCUCUCUUCCCCUCUCCCUCUCCUUCUUCCUCCUCCUCCUUAAUCCCAUGCAAUCUCAUCCUACCACUUCCCCAUCAAAGAGCCCACUUCAAACUCUACGCCCAUCUCCCAAUUUCCACUCACAAUGGAGAAAUUUCCCCUCAACUCGAACCCCACGCCGACCCAACUGAGAUCAAAAAGAACAGAAAGAAGAAGAAGAUCAGGCCUAGCUUUUAUGAGCAGACUCUGGAGCGCUGGUCACUUAGAAUCUCCUCACAGAGGUCCAAAUACCCAUGGGAGAAGAAGAAGGAUGAUGGGCCUUCUCUCACUGCUUCUUCAGGUUUGGCUUCUGAUCAAUUUUUGGAUAAUUCUAGGGAUACCCAUUUGAGUUCUGGGGUUAAUUUUGAAAACCCAGAAAGGGAAUUUGAAGUUAGUGAGGUUGGAAGUUUUGGUAGCUCUGAAGGUGGUAAUUUUGAUAAAGAUGAAGGCUCUUUUAGAGUUCAGAGGGGGGCUGCACCUUGGAUUCAGAAAGAGACUGCUCCUUGGGUUCAUGGAGGGAAAUCUCGACAGGGUCGUAGGUCUGGUGGAGAGCAUGAGAAUAAAGAUGAGGCUUCGGAUCAUAAUGAAUCCAAAUGUAAUCCAAAUGAGAAUGAUGAUGUAAAGCCUAAGGUAGAUAGAAAUGAUUCAAGACACGAUGCAAUAGAUACCAUUGCAGAAAACUCAAUGGCAACUCUUGAAUUUGAUGCCCAGAGUGGCAAGAGUAGUGUGAGUUUGAUAGUUGAUGAAUUGAAGAGCUCUUUGGAUGAAGACAAACCAAGCCCAGACAAUGCAUCAAGUACUAGUCAUGAUGUUGUUAAGCUCUUAGGUUCGGUGCCAUUUCCAUGGGAGAGUAGUAAUGGUAGAAAUGGUGAGAAGUUCCAUAAGAGAAGUAACACUGAAUUGGCAGAGAAAACUAUACCGGAGCAUGAGCUUCAGAGGCUUAGAAAUGCCGCGCUUAGGAUGAAGGAAAGGAUGAAAGUAGGGGCGGCGGGGGUUACGGAGGCUCUUGUGGAGAGCAUUCACAAGAAGUGGAAGGUCGACGAGGUGGUUAAGUUAUGGUUCGCAGGCCCACCGACUUUGCAUAUGAAGAAAACUCAUGAAAUCUUGGAGAGAAAAACAGGAGGUUUGGUGAUUUGGAGGUCCGGAAGCUCAAUUGUAUUGUAUAGAGGAAUGACCUACGAGCUUCCUUGUGUGCAAUCAUAUUCUAAACUUGCCGCUACUGAUUCUAGUCACAAAACCAUUGAUGCUGCCAAAAACACAAUGAACCAUUUUAUAAAGGAUUCAAAACCUUCAGAUUUGUCGAAAGAAUCUGCCGAAAAUUUUGACAUUGACAGCUUCCUGGAUAAGCUAGGACCACGAUAUCGGGAUUGGUCUGGAUGUAAUCCGAUUCCUGUUGAUGCUGACAGGCUUCCUGGUUUAGUUCCUGGUUAUACACCACCAUUUAGACUUCUUCCCUACAAAACAAAAGGCGCCCUGAAGAACAGGCAAAUGACGUCUUUGCGUAGGCUUGCCAGAACUAUGUCUCCUCACUUUGCUCUUGGGAGAAACAGACAACACCAAGGCUUGGCUAAAGCAAUGGUGAAGUUGUGGGAGAAAAGUGCUAUUGCAAAGAUAGCCAUCAAACGUGGUGUGCCAAAUACGUGUAACGAGAGGAUGGCAGAAGAAAUCAAGAAAUUGACUGGAGGAGUACUCGUUUCUAGGAACAAGGAGUAUAUUGUCUUUUACAGGGGAAACGAUUUUGUGACACCUUCAGUUAGGGACGUACUGGUCGAAAAACAAAAGCAAGCAAUUGUUCAGCAAGAGGAAGAAGAAGCUGCUCGAGUUAGAGCGUCUGUUUUGAUUUCUAAACCUAAAAUUUCCAAGGGGCCAUUACUUGCUGGUACUCUUGCAGAAACUCUUGAAGCAAAUAAUCGUUGGGGACAUCAACCAAGCGCUGAGGAGAGAGAAAAGACGAAGAGAGAUUUAGCUAUAGCUAAACAUACUUCUCUCGUCAGAUACUUCGAAAAGAAACUAGCAUUUGCAAAAGCAAAAGUAAGAAAGGCGGAAAGGGCUUUAGCGAAAGUACAAGAGUUUCUGGAUCCUGCAGAACUUCCAACUGAUCUGGAAACUGUUACUGAUGAGGAGCGCUAUUUAUUUCGUAAAAUGGGACUGAAAAUGAGAGCUCAUCUUCUUCUAGGGAGAAGAGGAAUUUUUGAUGGUACUGUCGAAAACAUGCACUUAAACUGGAAACACAAAGAGCUAGUUAAGGUUCUUGUGAAGGGAAAAAGUUUUGCACAAGUCAAGCAGAUUGCAAUCUCUCUUGAGGCUGAGAGUGGAGGAGUCUUAAUUUCUCUUGAUAAGACCACAAAAGGUUAUGCAAUUGUUGUCUAUCGUGGAAAGAAUUAUGAACGCCCGAAUACUCUGAGACCUAAGAAUCUAUUGACAAGAAGACAAGCAUUAGCACGUGCUAUAGAACUCCAGAGACGAGAGGCUCUAAACCAUCACAUUUCAGAUUUACACGAGAGAAUUCAGAUGCUGAGAUCUCAACUAGAUAAUGUGGAGGCUGAUAAAGAUGUGGGCAAUGAACACAUGCACAUAAUCAAAUAUGACACUUUUCAUUCUGAUGAUGACAUGGAGGACGAAGGGGAAGAAGCCUACCUUGCGACGUAUGGUAGUGGUGAUGAAGACGGUGGUGCUGCUUCAUUCGAUGGACUUUGAGUGGAAAAUAAUGUAAAUUACAUUACACGAUAUUUAACGGUACUGAAAUAAGGAGCAGGAGAUUCAAAGAUAUCGUCGGUAUCAAUGGCUUGUGUUAGUGGCUCGUCUCUUUAUUGUUGGGAUCAGAAUGAAGCUUCUGGAGCUUGGCUACAUAUCGAAGAACAGUUCGUAUUUCUUGCUCAUUUACAUCACCUUUCAGUUUAUUGUAACAUAAACUUGAUUCAUCAUGUUGAAAGUAGCAUUGCUUUUCUUUAGAAAUAGACUAAUUGUUAUAUACCUCAGCAAUUGCAUAUUGUUCUUGUUAGCUGUAUUUGUGUAUUAUUUAUCUGAAAUUAGCGGAUUUGAGGAUUU